AUGGAUGAACAAUAUGACAUCAUUGUUCUUGGCACCGGCCUCAAGGAGUGCAUUCUUAGUGGCCUCCUCUCCGUCGAUGGACUCAAAGUUUUACACAUGGACAAAAAUGACUACUAUGGAGGAGAGUCCAGCUCCCUCAAUUUGAUUCAGCUCUGGAAGCGCUUCAGGGGAGAUGAACAGCCCCCAGAGAAUUUAGGUGCUAGCAGAGAUUACAAUGUUGAUAUGAUUCCCAAGUUCAUGAUGGCAAAUGGAACUUUGGUACGUGUGCUUAUCCAUGCUAAUGUUACCAAGUAUCUGAACUUCAAGGCUGUAGAUGGUAGUUUUGUAUACAAUAAAGGGAAGAUCUACAAGGUUCCUGCAAGUGAUGUUGAAGCAUUGAAAUCCCCAUUGAUGGGGCUAUUUGAAAAGCGUCGUGCUCGAAAAUUCUUUAUUUUUGUCCAAGACUUUGAAGAGAGUGACCCCAAAACUCAUGAUGGGAUGGAUUUGAACAAAACCACAGGAAAAGAACUUAUUGCAAAAUAUGAACUUGAAGACGACACAAUUGAUUUCAUUGGCCAUGCCUUGGCACUUCAUAAUGACGAUAGUUACUUGGACCAGCCAGCUUUGGAUUUUGUGAAGAGAAUGAAGCUAUAUGCAGAGUCUUUGGCACGCUUUCAAUCAGGCUCACCUUACAUCUAUCCAUUGUAUGGACUGGGAGAAUUGCCUCAGGCAUUUGCACGUCUAAGUGCGGUUUAUGGUGGGACUUACAUGCUAAACAAGCCACAAUGCAAGGUAGAGUUUGAUGGGGAUGGAAAAGCUAUUGGUUUAACAUCUGAAGGAGAAACUGCUAAUUGCAUAAAAGUUGUUUGUGAUCCAUCCUAUUUACCCGUUAAGGUCCAGAAGGUUGGUAAGGUCGCUCGUGCCAUAUGCAUAAUGAGCCACCCAAUCCCAGACACUAAAGAUUCUCACUCGGUCCAAGUCAUCCUACCACAGAAGCAACUUGGUCGUAAAUCAGAUAUGUAUCUGUUCUGCUGCUCUUAUGCACACAAUGUGGCGCCCAAAGGAAAAUAUAUUGCCUUUGUUUCAGCAGAAGCCGAGACAGACAAACCCGAAGUUGAACUGAAGCCAGGAGUAGACCUCCUUGGACCAGUAGACGAGAUCUUCUAUGAAACUUAUGACAGAUUGGUACCCUCUAAUAAGAGUGAUGCCGACAAUUGUUUCAUUUCCACAAGUUAUGAUGCAACCACACACUUCGAGUCCACUGUAACUGAUGUUCUAGCCAUGUACACCAAGAUAACUGGAAAGGUCCUCGAUUUGUCGGUAGACCUGAGUUCUGCAAGUGCUUCCGCCGAAGAAUAA